CCGCGGUUUUGCUGCUGUGGCCGUUGUUAACGAUGCACCAAGGUCACGGUGACAAAGCCAAUGCCGGCCGUUGCCAUGGAGGCAGCGUCGCACACGGGAGGCCGGCCGGCCGGAUGUUUAAACCUGCGGCUGAUAGAAGAAUCACAUUUUCUUCUAAAAAAUAAACUUUAUAAAAUAUAAAACCUUAUAAAAUAAAAAAUAUACACAAAACAAGAACUAUGCAAAAAAUCUUCCGGCAUUCUCAGCGGCUAUAUAUAUAUUAAUUUGCCUUGUAUGGUGAUGGUGUCCAAAGAUUAUAGAGGAGCAGGCACCUUUGCUACUUUAUAUGGGUUCCUGGGGUAAUAUCCCGCCACUCGUUUGAGAGGCGUCUCCACAGACCAUGCCCAGCAAUGUGCAGCAGCGGAAGGAUCCUAGACAGUGGUCCUCCCCCACAGAGCCCUGGCAUGACUGUAACAAGAUUCAGUGCGUCCCUUAGCAUGUACACCUGUAGUCUGGAAUGGACCAGUCAGCGGCAUUCCUUGAAGGACAUCUCGCUCUGCUUGAAGAUCAACAAGUAUCGCGCAGACCAAAGAACGUCUUUCACCGAGUAGAUAACCUUCCAGCACCACUUGAUGGCCAUCUCCGAAUAUAUCCCUGGGAACAGUCGGUAAAUCAGAGAGUUCUCUGUUACAGAGCAGGAAUGUGGUACUGAUUUUGGAUGAUCAGCCAUUAUUACAUUGAAUGGCGCUGCUGGCUCGAAGGGCCGAAGGACUUACUCCUGCACGUAUUAUCUAUGUUCAGGAUAAAAGGACCUUUGCAUCAUUCUCCAGACUCUUCGCAAAUCCACAUUCUGUGAAUAGGUGGGCAACUGCCUCCUCUCCAUCGCAGCCAUCCCGUGGACAGCGUGCACUGGUAGUAAGAUUCCAAUGGUGCAGGAAGGAUCUGACUUCUUCCCUCACCACCAGCCAAGUGAUGUCUUGGUGCCUGUUGGUGAGCUUUGGUGAUGAUAUAUUACACAAGACAAGCUGGGCAGUCCGCUCAGGGAACUACACCAUAGGAUCCAUAGAGUCCUUUUCCUGCAGUGCCCCAAGGAUAUUCCAUGCUGUUCACUGCCUGGUGGACUUGUGGUCAAAUGUGUUCGUCUGGAAGAACUUUUCCAUGAAGGCCUGAUGGUGCACCAAUGUCCAGCUAACUGCAGGGCUGCCAACAUUGGGGGCUUCAACAUGUCAGACAAGAGUGAUUUGAAAGCAGAACUGGAGCGAAAAAAGCAAAGACUGGCUCAGAUACGCGAAGAGAAAAAAAGAAAAGAAGAAGAAAGGAAAAAGAAAGAGGCUGAGUUGCAACAGAAGAAAGAAGUUCCCCCUGAGGACUCUGAUCUUGAUCGCAAACGCAGGGAGACAGAGGCUUUGCUGCAGAGCAUAGGCAUAGCCCCAGAGCCAGCACUAGUGCAGCCUUUGCAAAUAGUAACAUGGGAUGCCUGUUAUUUUCAUUAUUUAGUCCCAACCCCCAUGUCUCCCUCCUCGAAAUCAGUGAGCACGCCCAGUGAAGCUGGAAGCCAGGAUUCGGUAGAUGGUGGACAUGGUGGAAGAGCACUACAAUGGGAUACGGAUCCUUCUGUUCUGCAGCUGCAGUCUGACUCAGAUCUUGGCCGCCGCUUGCCUAAACUUGUGAUUUCGAAAAUUACCCAAGUUGAUUUUUUACCUCGCGAGGUGGUGUCGUACUCCAAAGAGACCCAAACGCCAAUUGCUCACGAACCAGAAGAAGAUGAGGAUGGUGAGAUGCCCGAACUGAAUCUCGGAACUGAAUCGGAGUUGGAGAACCAAGAGGCGAAAGCUGAAAGUAAAGAAGCUUCUCCAAGAGAACUUACCGAAGAGGAGAAGCAACAAAUUCUUCAUUCAGAGGAAUUUUUGAUUUUCUUCGACCAUAACAUACGCAUCAUAGAACGUGCUCUUGCUGAAGAUUCCAGCCUCUUCUUUGACUAUGGUGGCAAAGAAUUGGAUGAAAAAGAAGGAGAUUUUCAAUCUGGUCUAAACCUUUCAUUUAAUCGGCAAUUUUAUGACGAACAUUGGUCAAAACAUCGUGUCGUGACCUGUUUAGAUUGGUCACUUCAGUAUCCUGAACUGAUGGUUGCUUCUUAUUGUAACAAUGAAGAUGCCCCACAUGAGCCGGAUGGGGUAGCUUUGGUUUGGAAUAUGAAAUUUAAGAAAAACACUCCAGAAUAUAUCUUCCACUGUCAGUCUCCAGUAAUGUCGGUCUGCUUUGCCCGAUUUCACCCAAACCUGGUAAUUAGUGGUACCUACUCUGGACAAAUUGUUCUCUGGGACAACCGCAGCCACCGCCGAACUCCAGUUCAACGUACUCCACUUUCUGCUGCUGCUCAUACUCAUCCUGUGUAUUGUGUGAAUGUCGUUGGGACGCAAAAUGCUCAUAAUCUGAUUACAGUUUCCACAGAUGGAAAAAUGUGCUCCUGGAGCCUGGAUAUGCUUACUCAACCACAAGAAAAUAUGGAGUUGGUAUACAACAAGUCAAAGCCCGUAGCUGUCACUAGCAUGGCUUUUCCAACAGGAGAUGUCAAUAAUUUUGUUGUAGGCAGCGAGGAGGGUAUGGUUUAUACUGCAUGUCGCCAUGGCAGUAAGGCUGGUAUUGGUGAAAUGUUCGAGGGGCAUCAGGGUCCAGUGACUGGUAUUAACUGCCACAUGGCUGUGGGACAGAUUGAUUUCUCUCAUCUGUUUGUCACCUCUUCAUUUGAUUGGACAGUCAAAUUGUGGUCCACGAAGCACAACAAGCCUCUCUACUCCUUUGAAGACAAUGCAGACUAUGUCUACGACGUCAUGUGGUCACCAGUGCAUCCUGCACUAUUUGCCUGUGUGGAUGGGAUGGGACGAUUAGACCUCUGGAACCUCAAUAAUGACACAGAGGUACCAACAGCAAGUGCAACAGUCGAGGGAACAUCGGCACUAAACAGAGUCAGAUGGGCAUCGACUGGCAGAGAGGUGGCUGUGGGAGAUUCAGAAGGACAUGUAUGGGUUUAUGAUGUCAGUGAGCAAUUGGCAGUCCCACACAGUGAUGAAUGGGCUUGUUUUGCUCGGACCCUGGUGGAGAUCCGGGCUAACCGGGCAGAUGCUGAAGAGGGAAGUGUAGUUGAACUGUCUGCACAGCUGUAAGCCAUUAUCUACACCCAAAGCCUUGCCAGCCCUAUGAUGCCAUACCAGAUACGCCAGCGUAAAGUGCCAUUUAAGAUAUAAAGCUGCUAUUAUUGUUUUUCCAUUUAGCACUUCGAAUAUGUUAUGUUAAAUGUGUUUAAAAAUCACAAUGCAUUAUGAAAUUUCUGGGUUCUAAGAUCUUCAAUAUGUGUCAAAUUAUGAAAGUAUAAAUAUGCAUUAAUGCAUUGGUUAGUUUCAUUUAAUGACAUGAAACCCAUAGUUAAAUUUUGUUUGCUGGCUUAUGUGCUAUACAUCUAUUAGUUCCAUAUGAUGCCAGAUAUGAUGUGCAGAUGUGGCAAGCCAUACUGUACAAGACUGAGCCAAGAAUUUCAAAUGUGUUUUCAAAUGUGCAUUCAGAGUGCACACAUUAUGAAUGGUUGUACUGUAUUAGCAUUGCUCUUUAUUUAUUAAACAACUGCAUGGAACAUACUAGAAAAAUAUUAAACUAACCUAGAACAUGUGCUAUCUUUAUUGUCUCUUGUGC